AUGCAGCGUCUUGUGCGCCUUCCGUACACCAAGGAGCGGGAACAGAUGUUCGUGUACCUGAACAUGACGCACGAGGAUCUGAUGAUUGGAAGAGUCUUGCACGAAGUACAGUUUCCAUACUUGUUGUUUGUUAGAGAGCAAUCGUGUCGAUUUCACAAUCUUCGUUACGGCUGGCCCAUAGGUCCAGUUACCCAGAGUUCUCUUGUGAUUCACGACACUACGGACGCUGAGUUUAUGCGGCUGAUGGAUCUGUUCCGAGCUGACACGAAUCCUGUCCCGAAGCCGUAUAACUUCAAGGAAGGUACUCUUGAGUUUGAGUGCUAA